GAAGCCGUUAAUAAGAAGAGCAAAGAAAACGCGGGAAAGCGAAGGCCAAAAUCUUUUGAGAGCACAAGAUCAAACUUGGAGACUAGUAGAUAAUGGAGGAUUCAGGGGCGAUACUUUGCCAAAUCUCUACUUUCAAGGACAUGCUCGAUCGGGUCAACGAGGAAAUUGAGGUGAAUAUUCAAGUCACAAGGGAGAUAGAAUCGGAGAUUGUCAACUGUGCAGAGAUCGAAACUUCUCUGGCUGUUAGGGAAUCGGAGUUGACCAAGUCGCUUUUUAUGUCCCAUUUUGAGAUCAACGGUUUACUCUCCGUUACUGCUGCUUCGAGGAACUCCCUAAAAUUUUUGGAGGACAAGCUCUGCCAGUUGAAAAAGAAGCGGGAUGAGAUGCUUAAAAGAAGGAGAGAGAAACGGGAAGAAUUUACUAGGCUGUGCUUACAAUUUCAGUGGGAUAUCAACAAGGAGAAAAAUGAUGAACUAUUGACUUUAUUGUCAGAAAGAGAGGCUCUGGAAAAUGACGUUCAUCUUUUGGAUAAGAAGAAUAAUGCUUUGCAAAACUCAAUGUUGGCUUUUGCUGAAGAAAUCAUUGAAGAACUUCAUAAUACUAACUCUGCUUUACAUGCUGAGAUACAGAACCAGAAUCAGGAGAAUGAGAAAUUGCUGAAGGAAAUUGAUGGCUUGAGGAGUGCAUUGCUUCCAAGCUGGUAGUUGAUAUUAAUUAUUGCAGAAAGGAGCAGCCAAAAAAGAAAACACUUCUGGAACUGGUAUGGGUUGUACAAUGGACCUCAGAAAUUACAUUGGUACAUGCACAUAGAAAAAUGUUGGAUGUCUGGUUAAGACUUAGAUGCAAGUGAGCACCGAAGCUAUGUUCAAUGUACCUUCAUGAUUCAGUUCCCCAAGUAUUUGGAUAUAGCUGCACACUUUAUCUUGACAGCCUGCUCCCAACCAUUGUCUGUGCCUUGCUAGGAUGGUGGUUCCAAAUUAAAAAUAUGGUAAUAUUAAAUGGGAAAAGGGAAUCCCACAA